CCCCGCCCCUUCCGUCGAGGCCACGCCCCUUCCGUCGAGGCCACGCCCCUCGGCUCCAGCCCCGGAGAUCAUGGUGGUGCUGAAGGGCGUCCCCGCGCUGCUGUCCCCUGAGCUGCUCUAUGCCCUGGCGCGGAUGGGGCACGGAGACGAGAUCGUUUUUGCAGACGUGAACUUCCCCACCUCCUCCAUAUGCAGGGGUGGCCCGGAGGAGAUCCGCGCCGACGGCCUGGGCAUCCCACAGCUCCUGGAGGCCGUGCUAAAGCUACUGCCGCUGGACACCUAUGUAGAGACCCCGGCUGCGGUCAUGGAGCUGGUGCCCAGCGACAGGAAGACGGGCCUUCAGACUCCAGUGUGGGGGAGUUACCAGUCCAUCCUGUUUGAGGCCGGCUGCGUGAGCACGCUGGCGAAGAUAGAGAGGUUUGAGUUUUAUGAGCGGGCCAAAAAGGCUUUUGCCGUUGUCGCAACUGGGGGACCCGCUAUAGCCUUUGGUCUUGAUGACCUGGAAGAGGGAGGUCAGAGGACACCUGCAGAGAGAUGGCUUCAAGGCCCCCUGGACCACACUUGCUGACUCCACCCCCCCCCGUGGGGACUGGACGGAGGCCGUGUGAUUCCUGGAGAGACAGGACCAUCCCUGGGGCUGCGUGUGCACCACCCCUCCCCAGCUGAUGGCCUGAGGAAGAGGGGGUCAGUCCGUCUGAGUCCAGCCUUCUGUGGAGCAAGGUGAGCACAGGGGAAUGAAUGAGACGUGGCCCCUGGGGAGUGACCAGCUGUCUGUUGCCAGGAAGGACUGGGCGGGCCUUCCCCUCCACCUGGUCUUUCCCAGGUGUGCAGGUCUGAGUGGCCUUGACCCAAGGCAGGGUAGGGGGAAGAGGGAUGGGGAGACACGGUGUGACCCCAGUUGGCACAGAGAGCACCUGAGUAGCAUGCACAAGAGGGAGGACCUGCUCGAAUCACAGUGCAAGUGAGUGUCAUCAAGGGCCCCCUCCUCUACCUGGACCACCUGUGUGUCCGUGAGCCUUGCCCAUCAGACCCCACAGAGGGCCCUCUCCUCCUCAUCCUGAGGGUCCCUCCCGGUGCCCACAGGGCCACCCGCUGCACGGGGACCUGCAGUCACCCCAGUGUGGUGCCCUUUCUUCACAUUCCUUGCUGGUGGGGCAGAGGCCAAGAGGAGCCCACACCUACCUGGGGCAGGGAAGCCGAGCCUGCCUCCGCCAGCAGCAGAGCCACCAGGCUGGUGACCAGGAGGAGCCUGAGGGGACCAGAGAGGAGAGUGAGGGCAGGCCGGGCUGCCCCUGCCCAUCAACUUCCAGGCGGGACACCUGUCCAGGCAGCCCAGGGUGGCUGGCAGCGCGGGUCCUGGCCAGGGACGUUUUAUUCUCUCUCCAUCUCACAGACCGAGGACACACAGGCACAGAGAGGUGGGACCGCCACAGGCCCACACUUGCUCCCAGGGACCACUGCCCUGGACAGACCCUACGCUGCAUGCACGGGCCACCAGGUGGAUAGGAUGGUCCAUGCCUUUCCUCCAGCCCUGGGCAUCUGUGCUGGCAGCUGCACACGGACACGUGCCCCCUUGGGCACAGAGCGGUGAAGGCUCACAGCAUCCUGGGCUUAGGUGCUGAUGGGCUAGGACUUGGGGCAAGGAUCUCAGUGCUCCGUGUGUCCAUGGCACCCUUGAAGCUGUGCACGGUGGCUCCCUCAGGGCCAGACUGCACCUUGCUCAUCUCAGAGCUGUGGGUGGACAGUGGUGCCAGUGCCGGGGCAGGCAGCCCGGGAGGAGGCAGGCAGGAUGGGGUGCUCUUCCCGGACACAUUCAACUUGACCCCUAGGGUGGCCAGGAUGGCCAACAGGUGAGAGCCAAGGACCGGGUCUCAAAGCAGGGAGUCUGAGGAGUGAUGGCCAAAGGUAGGAGACACAAAAACUCACACACAGGACUGGUGACCGCUGGACCCAGCAGGAAAGGUCCUGGAAGCCUCAUCCAAGACAGGAGAGAGGACGGGAGACAGACUGGUGCCUGCUGUGCGUGUGCGUGGUUGUGUGUGCGUGCAUGGUGCCUAUGGUGUGUAUGUGUCUUGUUAAAAAACAAGACAACAGGCCAAAAAUAGAAUCGCUCGCCCCAAGCCCCAGGUCACCAACCCGAACCCAGAAAUGGAUCCUUAAAGCAGUGAGGCGGGAACCGCCGGUCAGCCCUGGGUAGGUCCUCUGCCCGACAGGCCCCUGCGUCCGUCCCCUAAAGAAAAGUCACCCUGCGAUGACCGACCGCGUUUUGCUGCUGCAGCUUCCUGGUCCUGCUCCCCUCUGCCUGUAAUUCCCCGUACAGCAUCUCGAGCGCCUUCCUGUCUGCUGGAUGGGAUGCCACCUGAUUCUAACUGAUUUUGCUCAAAUAAACUCAAAAUUGUAAUGUG